AUGAAAACCAUGAACGUGAUAGUUGCUGUUCUCGCAGUGGCAGUAGUCUUGUUACAUGGAGCGGAAGCUGUACUAUACACAGUCGGAGACGACUUGGGAUGGGCUAUUCCUCCUGGUGGCGCUGCCACUUAUGCUGCAUGGGCUGCCGAGCAUAGCUUUGUAGUUAACGAUGAGCUAGAGUUCGACUUUGCAGAAGGUGAACAAGACCUGGCCCUAGUAACCAAGGAUGAUUACGAGAGCUGUAACACGGCGGAUCCCUUGCAUGUGUUCCAGGAAGCAGUGACACUCCAGUUUGUCGCAAGCGACACAUUCUAUUUCACCUCCACCUUGGCCGGGCACUGCACCAAAGGCCAGAAGAUUGCCAUUUACAUCGGCGCUGCCUUGCCUCCCAGUCCUAGUCCCGCUCCAGGUCCGUGUCCAUAUUCAACAUAUUCAUCAAGUGCUAAUGAAAAUCGUCCCCAAUCGACUAAAUUCGUCUCUCACAAGAUCAUGGCCCGAGGAAACUAG